AGUUUCACUCUGAAAUCUUCAAUGGUCAUCACACGCGUAGGCUACUACUAGCCCUACUGGCUGUAAAAGCAGCAUUAUUAUACACAGGGACCAUUCGGAUUUAUAUUGGUCUUUUUUAAUUGUGUUCUACUGAUCAGCUCAUGCAAGGCUGCAGCAACACGUACAUUCAGGGUUUAAUAAUCAGACAAUCAUCACUGACUGGCUUCUUUUCAAAUGUUGGGAGACAAGGCUCACGGUGUCACUCUGAAGGUUAUGGAAUAUACGUAUGAUGAUGACCUGGAAGAGCUGUGUCCUGUGUGCGGAGACAAAGUGUCUGGAUACCACUACGGUCUGCUCACGUGCGAGAGCUGCAAGGGUUUCUUCAAGAGGACAGUGCAGAACAACAAGAGGUACACAUGUGCAGAAAACCAGGAGUGUAAAAUAGACAAAACCCAGAGGAAGAGAUGUCCUUUCUGUCGCUUCCAAAAGUGCCUCAACGUUGGGAUGCGGCUAGAAGCGGUGCGUGCAGACCGCAUGCGUGGGGGGAGGAAUAAAUUUGGCCCCAUGUACAAGAGGGACAGGGCCUUGAAGCAGCAGAAGAAGGCUUUGAUACGGUCCAACGGGUUCAAGUUGGAGAGCGUAGCUCCUCCACCAGCCUCUCCUCUGCAGACUGACUACGGCUUCACUGGCACCCUGCACAGCCUGCCCACUAUCUCCAAAAGUCUGCUCCCCUCCACCCCGAGCUCCAUCACCCCUACAGACUACGAGGGCAACCUCUAUGGACCCCCAUCCCUGGGCAUGGCCAUGCAAUCACACAUGCCCCUCACCACUCAGUACCAGUACACAGCCUUCCCUGGCAGAGCAAUUAAAGCCGAAUGUCCCGACUACACCAGCUCCCCCGAAUCUCUGACAGGAUACCCCUACCCAGACAUGUACCCCUCGGCCUCACCACAGCUGCCCAGCCUGCCACCGCUGGUGUUAGAGCUGCUCCGCUGUGAUCCAGAUGAGCUGGCGGUGCAGAAUAAGAUUGUUGCUCAUCUGCAGCAGGAACAGAAUGGCCGGGGCCGACUGGACAAGCCUAGCACCUUCAGCCUCAUGUGUCGCAUGGCAGACCAGACUCUCUUCUCCAUAGUGGAGUGGGCUCGGAGCUGCAUCUUCUUCAAGGAGCUCAGGGUGGGAGAUCAAAUGAAGCUGCUCCAUAACUGCUGGUCUGAACUUCUGGUGCUGGAUCACAUUUUCAGACAAGUGCAACAUGGACAGGAAGACAGUAUCCUGCUGGUGACCGGCCAAGAGGUUGAGCUGUCAUUCAUCCUAUCCCAAGCUGAGGCAACUCUGUCUGGUCUGAUCCAGAGAGGUCAGGAGCUGGCGACAAGGCUGCGGGUGCUGCAAUUGGACCGCAGAGAGAUCGCCUGUAUGAAAUUCCUCCUCCUGUUCAACCCCAAUGUGAAGCUGCUGGAGGACCAGGCAUUUGUCGAGGGUGUCCAGGAGCAGGUGAAUGGGGCUCUGCUGGAGUACACCCUGUCCAGCUACCCUCAGUUCCAGGAGAAAUUCAGCCAGCUGGUUGUGCGGCUGCCCGAGCUGCGCUCCCUCAGCACACAGGCUGAGGACUACCUGUGCUACAUGCAUCUGAGUGGAGAAGUGCCCUGCAACAACCUGCUCAUUGAGAUGCUGCACGCCAAGCGAGCAUGUGUGUGAGAGACGCACAGAGGUUGCUCCACUGUCAUGUGUUGUUUCUCUAGGUGAGACAGUGUGUGUGGGAGAGAAAGUAAGACAAAAAAAUUAAAUGCAGAAAGAUAGAUUCAUAUUGGGUCAUCUUUGUGAGGGCUUUUGUUUGAGUUGGAGAGGAGAAAUGUUCUUUAGAGUUUGGAAUUAUAAAGCUCCAUCUGUACUCAAAGUAGUUUUUAGAUUUUGAAUGUUAAUGUUUUCAUAUCGUGCAAAGCUAAAUUCAUGUGACCUUUAUAAACUGGAUUUUCUAACCUGUUUUCAAAAAUAUAAAAUUAGAUCUGCAUGUAGAGUUGCAUUAUAUCCUCUUUGACCAAAUAUCACAUGACAUCAUCAGAUUGAUAAGAUUUCUAUAUCCGACAGAGCUACCCAGAAAACAUUUAGACUCAAAGGAACAGGCUCUGGCUUACAACAUCCACACCUAAAUAUCAUUCUGUUAUCACUGUAAAUCUCUUUUUAACGCCUCUUUAGGAAUUCUUUACUUUUUCAAAAUCUGGUGUGGGGUGGCUGAUGUUUAACUGUCAAAUGAAUGACAAAAUGACUAUUUGCAUCGAAACAUUUUGAAUGCUUGCUGGGUGAGCUAAUGUGCACCUUUUCCAACAGAUGUAGCUUCUUUACAAAUUUUCGAUUUAGGUGUUAAAUGUGUCAAUUUUGAUCCAAAUAUCAGAUGUAACUUUAUGAUUCCAAGUUCACCAACACUAUUCCUAGAUUAUUAUUAUUAUUGUUAUUAUUAUUAUUAUUAUUACAAUUAUUAUUAUUAUUUAGAUGGAGACAGACUUCAGGAUAGCUCAACACACUGUGGUCUCGUCAGACUAGACAAGCACUUCUGGUAUCAUUCUCUAAACUUGUUCUUUUUGCCACCAUUGUUUAAAAAAUAAAUAUAACCGCCCUAUGGGGUUCAAUAUAGUUUUGUUUUAAUCUAUUUAGAUGUUAAUAUAUUGAUAUAUUGAAGCCAGACAUGUUAAGAGAACACUUUCUCAUUCAUUAAACCCUUAUGAUGAGAGAAAAGGGAGAAAGACAGAUUAGAAAGAGGGACACAGACAAAGAAAGGGGAGAUAAAAAGCAAAUGAGAAAGAGAGGAAAACAUGUACACAGUGAUGCCUUACGGAUACAAAAAAUCAAAGGAAGCCAAAACAGAGAAGAGCAGAAAGAAGAGGGAGGAAAAGACACAUCAAUGUGCAAAUGAUAAGGGAGAAAUGAAUGACAAAGAGCAUUUUCCUGUAAGUAAAGAUGUGAAUAACAAAAGAGAGCAUCUGUCAGUGUUUGCCCUUCAGUUUUCAGCGAUGACACAGGAAGGGAAAAAACACAUAUGGCAACAUUUGGUUUCAAGUUUCUUUGUAAAAUUAGCUUUUUUAUGAGCUAAUGCUCAAAGGUGUCAUGUUCCCACUCACAUUUGUGUCACUUUUCAACACACUGUACUGUAUGUGGACGAGAGAUUGGCUCUGAGUAAAAUGGUUUGCACUGAAGCUGCUGUAGAGAUGUUUUUUAGUAUCCAUAAUGAAAAUUAUUACAAUUUCCAAAUUUAUACUUCAUGUUAAUCACGUUUUUUUUGUUGUCUUGUUGUCAACAAAUCCCAUGAGAACACCAAAACUCUCUCCCACCACUUUCCGACUUCCUAGCCCUGUCCGUGGCUCUCGGUCUCACACCCGCUGGAAGUACUGCAUUGGUUUGGGGUCCUAUGUGUAUUUAUACCAGCAGGAUGGUAAUUGCCAUGUCAAAUAGGGGUUACAUCUCCUCAAUAUGAAAAAUGACCCCAAUUUUUGUAAUGACCAUCAUCAAAUGGCACCAAGAGCUAAAAGAAAUUUUCUCCCCACGAGAUUCUGUGUUAAACUGACUCCAAAGCACACUGGAUGCUCACUGAACACCUCCUGCUUCAUGUUGGUUUUCAUGUCAACCACAACAGCUGUACACAUCACACAGUUAAAAUGCAGCCUGUUUAAUUCACAGCAUCACUGAUGCACAUGUUAAAUAUAAACCAGUGUCUUAUGAAAACAUGUGCAGUGGUGUGGGGCCUCACAGUCCUCAUCACUCUGCUCUGUGUGCGUUCUGUGUUUUACUGAACAUCCAACAUGUAGCUGUUGGUUAAAGACUCAAUAUUGAAAAAAAGAUAAUUACUUUGUGUUUUAUCAUCAUUUACACAGCUAGCUAGCAUACAGACUGGGUGUCAGGUGUGUGCACAUUUGGAUACAUUGGGCAUUUGAGGCAUCGUAAAUCUUUAUUUCGUCAUCAAUCGUCAUUUCAUCCUCUCCUCAUAAUUACUGUCACCAAACCUGCUCCUAAUGGUUCACAAUUACAUGGGUCAUCUAUGAAUUAGAGUGCAUUAUUUUUCAUAUGUAAAACUACAAACAGUGAAUGAGCGAAGUCUGAUGUAGGUGGCACCACAUUUAUUUUAAAAAUGUAGCUGCUGUUGCAAAUUAGAGUGCUUAAAAAUAACCUUUACAGAACAGGGUCAAUUCUUUCCUCCAGUCUGAAAUCAUGUCAGCCAAUUUCUGUUUGGUACAGGGAGUUAUUUUGUUUUAUUUGGCAUGAAACAGUCAGCAAUGAGGAACACAUCUGUCAGCACAGAUGCUUCAGGAGUUUUUGCUAGAAGCACCACAAUUUAAGUUUCUGUAUGGCGACUUAGAACAACAAUCAAGCUCAUCCAUAUCUGUCACAAUUUUUGUUGGAUAUUUUCUGACGCUAUUUUUCAUGGAUGUAGUUUUCAUCUAGGUAGCUAGAAAGAGAUGUAGGAGGAUUAGUCAUCCAGCAGCACAACACCAGACCUUUAUGAAUCACUUUAAAAAUGCUGGAUCUUUUGAUUCAGACGAUGAUUAGACGAUUAAAUACAUAUAAUGAUUUAUUUAUUAUCCAACAUAUGUUCCCCUUAAAUAAUUAAAUAGAUAAAUGAACAAGUUAGUUUUUAAUGAAGUCUUUGUUAUUGUCAGAUUGAUGAUUGCAAGCAUCAUGGGUCGCUGAAAUUCUUUAUAUUUUAUACUUUUCAAAUAAAAUGUCUCACCAGAUAAUGAGUGAACAACACAUCAGGCCUUGUAUCAGGAAUGUGAAUUAGGGGUCUAAAACACUGUAUUGUGUGUGUGUGUGUAACAGUCGGUGAGUAAUUUAUCGCACUUAAAAUGUUGAAAAGUAUCACUCAUGUAUUUUGUCCCAAACUGGCAUUUGAGAUUUAUGAAAAAAUGACACACCCUUUUGAAAAGCACAUGACUCUCAGAUGGUGACAAUAUAACUGAAAUUCACUGUCACUGCCAUAUGACCAACUGAAGAACAAAGACACGAUCAAAGCUUUGUUUGUAAUAUUGUGCAGCUCAACUUUCUCACUGUGGACAUAUAAAAUUAUUCCUCAUUCGUCCAUUUCAAGGUAUCAAAGACAAUCACUCCGUCUGCCUUAACUUAAUGUCUGCCUAAAACACACACACACACACACACACACACACACCUUGGUUUUCCAGUUGAGAUAGCUGUGUGUUAUCACUCUGUACAGUAUGUAUUUAUGUUGUGAAGUGAUUAUCUACUGCAAGAUGAAGAUACAUUUCAACUGAAAAAGUUCUCCGCUUUAUGUUGAGGUCAAGUCGCUACUGUUGUGGAACUGAUUCUCUUGAUAUUGCCUUUGUUUUUGCUCUUUGUUCACUUUUUAUUUUCCUGUGAGUUGACAGUCCUGUCUUAAAAGUGUUUUUCUCCCAAAAGAGAAAGUGACCAAAACAUCUUUCUUUAAAUAUAUUUUAUUGUAAUAGCAUCAAAACAAUAAAUUUCAGUGAAGUAAAGCUCCA